UGAUGUGCAGACAUCUGAGGGACAUGAUCGUACAUCAGCAAAUUAUUUUUUACGACAAUUUAUAGCAGAAGUUAUUAUUUUGUCUAAUUUUGUAUAUUUAAGGAUGUUUCUGCAUUAUUUGUUUUUAAUAUCAAUAUUGCUGAGGAUCGCAGAGGGGUUCACAGUGAAGGGUCCGUCAGGUCCUCUGGUUGUUCCUCUGGGAGGUUCAGUUCUUCUGCCCUGUUCUGUUGAUUCACUCUCAUCACUGAAGGAUCUGGAGGUGGAAUGGAAAAGAUCAGACUCAGAUACUCUGGUUCAUUUGUAUCAAGAUGGAGAUAUUAGACCAGAAGUCCAGCAUGAGGAUUAUCAUGAUCGAGCUCAUUUCUUCACUGAGAGAUUUAAACAUGGAAAUUUCUCUCUCCUGUUGAAGAAUGUGAGACCAGAAGAUGAAGGUCAAUACACAUGUACAGUUCACAGUGGACAAGAGUCUGGUGAAACUGUGGUGGAGAUUAAAGCUGUUGAGCGUCUUACUGUGUCUGGAUCAGAUAAGUCUUUAUCAGCUUAUGUGGGUGAAGACGUGACUCUAGACUGCUCUGUGGACUCUCACAUCCAACCUGAAGACAUUGAAGAGGUUUCAUGGAAGAAAACGGAUAAAGAUGAACACAUACUGGUUCUGCUCUAUCAAAACCACAAGAUUCAUCCAGAAGCAUCAGACGCGCAAUACAGACACAGAGUUGAGUUCUUCAAUGAUGAAAUCCACAGAGGAAACUUCUCUCUCAGACUGAAGAGAGUCAGAACUGAAGAUAAAGGAGAAUACAUGUGUCAAGUGUUUGCUGGACGAUUCUCAGACAACACAACUGUUAUACUAAAACAACUGGGUUUCUCUUCUUUACACAUAAUGGUGUUGAUUCUCUGUAUUUUCGCAUGUGGAUCUGCUCUUCUGUUCUUCUCUCUUAUCUACUGCAGACCACAAACAGGGCUCCAUCUGGAAGGUUAUUAUUGGGUUCCUCUGGGAGCUUCAGCGGUUCUGCCGUGUUUCAAUAACAAAUACUUACCAGCAGAUGUAAAGAAGGUGAAAUGGAGUAAAUCCGGUUUAAAGGAUCCAUUGUGUGUAUUUGAAGAUGGAGAGGUUCAGCAUCCAGCAAGUUUUUCUGAUAGAGCAAAUUUCCUCUGUGGUGACUUCACACUUGGAAAUUUCUCUCUCCUGUUGAAGAAUGUGAGAACUGAAGAUAAGGGACGAUACACAUGUACAGUUCACAGUGGACACAGAUCUGUGUUGUCAGUCAGUGUAAAUUUGGAAUAUUAUGAAGAUGGUUCAGAUGUCAGAGUGGAUUAUUCAUGGAGUAUGGUUGUUCCUCUGGGAGCUUCAGUACUUUUGCCCUGUGUUAAUGACAAACCCUUAACAGCAGAAGGACUGAAGGUGGAAUGGAAAAAAUCUGACUCUGAAAGUCCAAUGUUUGUUUAUCAAGACGAGAGAUCCAAGAGUUAUUCUGGCAGAGCUCAUUUCUCCACUGACGACAUUAAACAUGGAAUUUUCUCUCUCCUGUUGAAGAAUGUGACAGCUCAAGAUGAAGGAGAAUACACAUGUGAAGUCUACAGGGGAAAAUGUAAUGUGUUGUCUGUCACCACAACAUUGGAACUGAGACUACUAGACAGAGUUCUUCGUCUUCAGAUGUUUCUGGUUGUUUGUCCAAAUCUCAUCAUGUUUUUUGCUUUUGUCUUCUGGGGUGUUUCUGAAGGAUCUGUGUAUGAGACAGUCUUCUCCUGUGCUCUUUAUGUUCUUAGACCUCUCAUGCUGCUUUUUGUGGCUCCAUAUAAAGAACAGUUUAAAGGCACAAUCAAAACACUUUUAAAUUGGAGUUUGAAUACAUAUUAUAUUUCUUUCACAACUGUUCUUUAUUCAGUUCUUAUCAAACCUGCAUUGGAGAAAAGUCUGAAUUACUCUGCAUUUGAUAGAGUCAUGACAAUUGUGCUUUUUAUAAUAGUGCUUCUUUUAUGCCUCGCCUACAUCAUUUACACGUUGUGUGAAAUCUCUGGGAAAAUCAGUGAUCAGCUAAGAGCUAUAUUUGGUCUUGUGGCUGCUGUACUCUUUUAUGUUCUACCAUCAUUACAAUUCGUCCUUCUUUUCUUCACAUUCGCAUCAGCAAGAGGAGGUUCCUUCAUUGUUGCACUUUUACCUGUCAUAACAUCAGCGACCAGAUACAAUUGGAAUAUUGUGUGUGGGGACGAUUUGGGUUGUUCACCUUUGGUCAUGAGAUCAAUGUGGAUGAUUUUAAUGUGUUUCAUGAAUUCAGUGCUGAUCUAUUUCUACAUCGUAGCACUGCAAAAUGAGAAAGAUUGUAUUGGAUGGGCCUGUACGAUUGGAUUUCUACAACUAAUAUGGACGGCUUGGAAUUGUUUAUACUCAUUUCAGGAUUGGGGUUUCAGCCGUAUUACCAUCGUGUAUGUGUUUGGAUCAGUCGGUGUUAUUUUAAUCAGCGCUGUUGGACUGAUGACUGAGCUGACACUGAAAACUCUUAAUGGAGAAGGUCUAGUGGGGGAUCUGAGGAUCAUCGUGUUCUCCUCUGAAAGUCUCCUCACUGUAUCUGUGCUGAUUAUGAUUAUUCUCACACCCUGUAAUUACCACGAGAUUCCAGCAAUGUGUAAGAAAGCUGCAACUUCUGAAUGAGUCCAGAAGGAAUCAGUGCUCUCAGACUACAACAGAAUCUCCAGCCGCUGAAUCAAACCAGUAACAAGAAUCUCAUGAAAUGAUCCUCUAAAGAACAAACAAGAGACUGAUAGAAGUUAAGAAGAAACUCACAAACAUGAAAGAUGAUCAUCUACUAGAUCUAGUAUCACUAACACACUGAUUAUUGAAAACUCUUAUGAUGGACAAAACAUUUGUACUGAGAGUCAUUAUCCGUAUGCAUGAUAUCAAAUGCUUGACCUCCUUAAACCUAGAAAAAAACGGUUAUAACUAAACAUGACAUACUAGGUUAUAUGAAGUUCAGAGCACUUUUAUCAGGCUCCUACAUUUACUUUCAACAAUACCAGUUAUUUCAGACUGUGCAGAGGUUUUUACAGUGUAUCUGUUUUUAUGAUAACUCUGACACUUACAGACCUGUUGGACAGCUGAAGUUGGUUUUAAAGGGGUCAUAUGGCUCGAAUACAUGUUAUUCUGUGUCUUUCAUGUAUUAUAAGAUCUCCCUGCAAGUAUUAGACACUAUUGCAAAUAUUUAAGUGUCAGAACAAAAGAUGCAUUCCAUCUAAAAGCAAAAGCUCACCCAGACCUCCCUGAAACGUCUCGUGUAACCACACCCCCACAAAUUUACAUCAGUUCGUGGUAUAAGGUGGGUGUACUUGUCAGUACAACUGCUUUUGAACCUGAUGUUCCGAAUAUGGUAAGAGGCAUCACAUUUCCGUCACACGCUUGCAGUAUUCAACCAAUCACUACGCACUGGUUAACUGGCCAAUCAUAGCACACCUCGCUUUUCAGCGCGAAGUGCUUUGUAAAAAAUCUGCGUGUUUCAGAGAGGCGGGGCAAAGAGGAAAUACAAACAUGCACAGUAUCGUGGUUUUAAACAUAGAUCUAAUACAAUGUGCAUACACAAUGUAAUACAAAUGAUAAUAUUGGAUUUUAGCCGUGUCAUACAGCCCCUUUAAUUGUACAUUAAUCUAAACAAACGCUAUGGUUGCGGCAGCUCUCGGCAAAUGCUACUGUUGCGCGGCACAAAUUUAGCUGUCCCGUCUGUCCAACCCUUAGCUAACAUAAAGUGGUGGAUCACUGGUGGCAAAGUCGGCGGUUCAGUUACCGUGAGUGACUUCCUGAUGGAUGCUCCCCACUUCCGUUUAGUAUUUGUCUCUAUGUUUCAAACAUUAAUAUUCACAUUUAAUGAUGGAAAUACACACUUUUUAAACGUAUUUUGCAUGAACUGUAUGUAUUUAAGUGUAUGUUUAGCAUUGUAGCUCUAUAA